CUACCAAAUUUCACCUCGGCGACAUCAACAAAGCAACCACGUCCAUCAUGGCGCUGCUCGUCGACAAGCUACGGCCUCGAUCGCUCGAUGCCCUCACAUACCAUACAGAUCUUUCAAAUCGGCUGGCAUCUCUGGCAUCCUCCGCCGAUUUCCCUCAUCUACUCUUCUACGGUCCCUCGGGCGCAGGCAAAAAGACCCGCAUCCUCGCGACCCUCCGCGCCCUAUACGGCGGUGGUGUCGAAAAGAUCAAGAUCGACGCACGCAUGUUCACGACGUCGUCGAGCCGCAAGCUCGAAUUCAACAUCGUCUCGUCGGUGUACCACCUCGAAAUCACGCCCAGCGACGUCGGCACGUACGAUCGGGUCGUCAUCCAAGAACUGCUCAAGGAAGUCGCGCAGACACAACAAGUCGACCUGUCGGCGAAACAGCGUUUCAAGGUCGUUGUCAUCAACGAAGCCGACGGUCUCAGCCGCGACGCCCAAGCCGCGCUGAGACGCACGAUGGAGAAAUACAGUGCAAACGUGCGCCUGAUCCUCGUGGCCAACAGCACAGCGGGCAUCAUCGCGCCCAUCCGGUCUCGUACACUGCUCGUGCGCGUAGCCGCACCCACCGAGACCGAAAUCGGCGAUGCCCUAGCAAAAGCCGGCAAGAAAGAGAAUUGGAAAGUCAUACCCGCCCUGAACGAGCGGAUCGCGCGCGAGUCGGGCCGGAACCUGCGAAAGGCACUCUUGAUGUUCGAAGCCGUCUACGCGCAGCACCCGGAACCCAGCGAGAAAACCCCCAUCCCGCCGCCGGACUGGGAGAUCCUGAUCGAGCAGGUCGCCCGGGACAUUGUCAAGGAGCGCACACCCGCGAUGAUCCUGGCCACGCGCGCGAAGUUGUACGAUCUCCUGACGCAUUGUAUCCCUGCGACGAUGGUGAUCAAGACGUUGUGCUGGAAACUUGUGAGUCUGCCCGAGGUCGAUGAUAGCUUGAAACCCGAGGUCGUGAAAUGGGCGAGCUUCUAUGAGCACCGGAUCCGCUUGGGCAGUAAGGUUAUUUUCCAUCUGGAGGCGUUUGUGGCAAAGUUUAUGCGUAUAUUUGAGGGUUUCCUCGUCGGCAUGGAUUUCUAGUGCGGAAACGGACUGGAGAAGGCUGGCGAGUUGUCAAAGGUCACGAGAAGCUUACUGGCGAGCUUGUGCUUGCCCGCUCGGAGACUGUGUGUUUAUGAUGUUUAAAAAGCAUGAGCCUGGCGUUGAAGGAAAUGAUGGGAAUAGGAUUGUAUGCCAGAAGAGUGAUAGAGGAUGACAGAAAGCGAGCCUCGAGAAAGAGAAGAUAUUCUUCCUCUAAGAAAUUUGUGCUGCGAGUACACGUGCUUGAUCAAAGGUUACAAGACGGCAACGAACGAGGAGACGACUAAGUUGCUCGUCAUGGAAAGGAAGAAAGUAAUUGCAAUUUCUAUCCAAA